AUGUUUGAUGAUUGUCAUGGUCAUGAAUCAUCGGACAAUUCUGCUAUUGUCACUAGUAAUAAUGUGACUCUUGAUGAGAAGCCAAUAACAAUGCUUGAACCUGUUAAUGGUUUGAUGUGUUUUGUCAAGGGUGGUAGUGCUGUUAUGGAGCAUUGUUCUGUUCUGAUUUAUAAUCCUAGCAUCCGAGACAAGACCCCAUGGAUCGAUACUUUAACAAAUGCAGCAUUCAGGAAACUCUUUGGUGUCAAACUAGUUAAAGGCUGCAGGAGAGAUCGUUUGAAAAGUUCAUAUGAAUACAUGUUUGGAUUUGGAGUCGAUUCGCUUACUAAUAAACACAAGGUGUUCUGCAUAAUUGAGAUUACUGUAACACGCAGAAUUGAAGAAAUUGUUAGUCGUGAAUUGGUUUGUGGGGUUUUUACACUGGGUGAGAAUACAUGGAGGAAGAUUGAAGUUCCACCCGAGACUACAAUUAAGAAAAAUUCUGUUCAUGUGUGUGGUUCGAUAUAUUGGAUUUCUGGCAAGAAGCCACGAAGUGAGAAUGGAGUUAUAAUGGCAUUUGAUCUUGGAAGUGAGACAUUUAGAUCGAUAACCAUCCCAAACCUCAUCCUUGAUCACUGGGGCUCAAUUGAAAGGCUUCAAUUGGUUCAUGAGUUGGCUGAAGUGGAUGGACAUUUAACUGUAUUGGUAAGAGAAGGAGAUGACAUUUUAAAUUUAUGGAUACAUAAUUUUGACAAGGGCGGUAGUGUCACCAAUAAGAAUUGGACUGAAGAAACAUUACAACUGCCUUGUCGCUGGGAUAAAAUACAUAAUUUAGCAUUCAAAGCCAUUACUGGUACAAGCCUGGUAGUCUUAAAAUUCUUAAAGGAAGAACGUUAUGCUCACCAGUUUCGUUGUGAAGUUCUUCAGUAUUAUGAUCGAAGUGAGAAGAAAUUUUAUAAAAAUUCGUUUGAGAUUUUGUUGGAUCCUACUGGUACUCCUGGUAACACCUACUCUAUUACACCUUUCUUCGAGACUUUAUUGCCUGUCUAG